CUUGCGCCGCUGCACAAAAGGACACGCAUUUUUUUCGAUUUCUGGCUAUUCUUUCUCGCCUCUUCCUUCUCUCCUCGCUCUGGCCUCCUCGCCGGCUUCCCUGCGCCUGCGCUCCGCCACCGGCCCGCUCCGUCGGCCUCCCUCCGCCGUGCUCCCCUCGCAGGCCCCCUCCAUCGCGCGCGUACCCUCCGCCGGCUCCCACCAUUGUCACUCCCUAGGUCCCUCGAUCCGCCGCCGCCCCCUCACACAUCGGAUCCCUUCUGCCUCGCCCGACGGCAGCGUACCAUGGAAUGAAGCAGGGAAAAAGCUCCAGGGCCGCCAGUUCCCCCGCCGCCGCCGGCGCACUUCAGUUCCGCCGCCGGUAGAUCCUCCACCUGCAGACCCCCAAUCAGUGGUGAAUCUUGCUAAGUCUGCACAAGUACAUACAAGCUGGGUACUGCCCAUCUCCGACGCCCCCUACUUCCCCGUCGCACCCUGGUACUCCCGACGCAAUGGCAGCGGCAGCGGAGCCCUUUGCCAGCAUACCAGUGGACAUUCUCCAAGAAAUCUUGCUGCAGCUCCCGUCGUCGGUUUCCCUCGUGCGCGCCGCGCUCGUCUCCAAGCAGUGGGGCGGCAUCAUCUCCAACACCGACUUCCUCGACCACUACCGCAAGCUCCACCCGUCGUCGCCCCUGCUUGGGAUCUUCUCCUCCGAGCGCCUGUUCGGCCUUCCAGGCUUCAGCCUCAUGGACUCGGUACGCUCCGACACCGACCUCAAGGCUGUCGAACGCGGGGCCGAUUUCCUUCUCGUCGAGCUUGAGCAAGAUCCCAGCUGGCGCAUCCGGGACAGCCGCAACGGCCACCUCCUCCUGUGCCGACCCGGCGAAUCGGAUGGCGAUUCCUUCUCCAUCUACAACCCCAUCUCCCGCCGGCUGGUCACGAUUCCCGUCGACCGUCCACACGACCGGGUGGCCUACUUCGCGGACUGCUUGCUCGUUGACGGCGCCGCGUCCUUCCGUGUGGUCUCGGUGCAGCAACACCAGGGAAGGAUACGUGCCGUGGACUACGACCCCCACAAACUCCAGUGGCGCUUCAGCAACUGGGAGUCCCCAUGGGCGUUGGAUAGAUCCAGCAAGCUGAAAUCAUGGGCUUUGGAGCCAAUGCAUGCCGCCGGCCUAAUCUUCUGGCUAUACGGUGCUUCUUUAGCCCUAGUGCUUGAUUGCAGCUCCAUGAAGUUUUCGGUGUGCUCUAUCCCGGUAUCAAUCCGUUCAUCGUACGCAAUUGGAGAAAUUGAGGACGGCGUGGGUUGCUUGGUGUGCCUCGACGACGUGAGCAACGAUACAACCCACGGUUCCUUCAAAGUGUGGCUACUUAACACCAGUGGCGGAACCAUAACGUGGGAGAUGAGUGGGGAUCAGAUUACAGUGACGGAGUUGCUUGGGGAAGAUGCUCGAGUGCGUCAGGUCGUUCUGGUGACUAACGGGCUAGCUCUACUGUCCUAUGACGACCGCUAUGAUCAAUUUGUGAUUGAUCUCAAGAACCGGAGGUUACAUGAUGAUAUCGUUUUUCGUGGAAAAGCUUACCCUUACCAAAUGCCAUGGCCGCCUCAUGCGCUACUUUCACUACGAGAUAUUUGCCAAGAGGAGGCACAACCGGUGCAAUUGGUGCUCCCUGUGGAUUUCGCUCCAGCUCUCGAUGAUGUUGACAUUGCUGCACCGGUUGAUGAUGUUGGCCUUGCUGCACCACUUGAUGAUGUUGACCUUGCUGCACAGAUUGAUGAUGUGGCAUACACAGAGGAGCCGUCAGAUGUGGUUUGGGGACCACUCGAUGUAUGCAGCACAAAACAUUCCAUGGCUUCUGAACCAGAUAAAUUGGCCGGAACUGUCAAAGAUGCUGUUCGUUUGAUGGAAACCAAGUCCGCUGACACUCCUGCACCUUCAGCCGACUUGGUUGGGGGGAUGCCGCAAUCAAGUGAGGUGAUCUCUAUAAAACCAAGAUAUGAUGAAGUUUUGCACUCUGCUAGAGAUGUGCCCCCGGAGCAGAAGGAUCAGGGCCAUAUAAUACUCAGCGACUCCCAUGUGAAUGCUGAUGUACAAGAGCUUGUGGAACUUGGUGAGGUUCAUAUGAAGUUGGUGAUAGAGUUUUACAGCAAAGCAAAGGCAAUGCUACAAGGCACCAGUGCAGUCAGAGAUGUCAUGGUAGAACAUCCCAACUCAUCCGCACCUCCAGAGGGUACUUGCAAAGGACAUGUCACAGCUUAUGAAGCCGAUAACUUGGUUGGACCUGUCGAAGAUGUUGUGCAUCUGAUGGAAACUAAGGCCACCGAGACCGCUGCGGCUUCAGCCGCCUUGGUUGAGGCAGGAAUGACACAUUCAAGUGAGGCAAUCUCUAGAAAACAAAAAUUUGAGGAAGAGGCCCAACACCUUGCCGCACCGAUUGAUGGCGUUGAACUUGCUGCACCGAUUGACGAUGUUGACCUUACUGCAUGGAUUGAUAAUGUAGCAUACACAGGGGGGGAACUAGUUGUGGAUUUGAGGCCACUUCAUCUACGCGUCACGGAGCAUGUCAUGGCUGCUGAAGCCGAUAACUUCGUUGGAACUGUUAAAGAUGGCGUGUCUCUGAUGGAACCCAAGGCAGCAGAGACUACUGCACCUUCAGCCAACUUUGCUGAGGAAAAGACACCUUCAAGUGAGGCAGUCUGUAGAGAACAAAGAUGUGAGGAAGAGGUGCAACUGGAGUGUCUGCCAGAGAUUCUGCCACUACUUCAGACGAGUGCCGAUGAGAAGGUGGACUUGGAUGCUCUAUAUAAUCAUGCUGCAAAUAGGAGUAAUAUUGUCACGGACCAGCCUAAUGCACCUAAGAUGAUGUCGCUGAAGGCAAUCAUGGAACAAGGACCUGAGCAUCAGCGGGAGCAAGUCAGGAGAUCAAAGCGCGAGCGUCAACUGAACGCUCGUUUCAGCGGUCCAGAUUGGUCCACGUAGGUCGAUCCAACGGCGCCAGGACUCGGUCGCGUCAUCACCUGGAGCCAGCUAUUGGGAAUCACCUUCCUGCUCUUCUGCUAAUAGGCCUUGAAACCAAACUUGUCCGUUGCUGCUUUUGAAGCCAGAUGUAGUCGCAGCGGUGCUGACGGUCUCUUUCCCCCUUUUGCUUCUCUCCCUCGAACCCCUCGCUUCUACUCCUAGAUCCCCUGCUACUUGCAACUUGUAUCCGAAUUCGUGUGUGGAACUAUAAUAGAGGAGUAGAUGGAUCGGGGUACAUAACAUUUGGUAUCAGACUUGUGCAUUGACAUAACAGGAUAACGUCACAUUUUAUGGUCCAAGAGGAGUCUUUAAAUAAGGAGUCAAUUAUAAUUA